UAAGGCUCAGUACACCAGAACUGAGUACAAGGCACGUACCUUGAGUGUUUUCCUGAAGGGCGACCAGCUCGUCGCUGCUAAGGUACAUGCCUCUGCACCUGCCUAUCUUCCUAAGGCGACCCUCUUCUGUGUCCCUUUCGGAUUCGCAGUUCGGUGCUGCGGGCAUUACCAUCUCAACGCCACCGUUCUUCGCAGGGUCGCUUCUGAGUCUCCUGUCGGAAAAUUCUCUCGCUUUGCUCGCUACAUCCCGGGUCAACGCAAAGCUUCGAGUGCCCAACCAACUAUCCUCCGUUAUCGGGGCAUCGCCUCACCUGCAUCCUGGCAGCACGACAAGUCUCCUUUUUCCAGCGGUACACACAGGCUUGUUUGAGCCGUCGUUCUUCAACUCAAACUUUUCUAGCCAAACCACGCAGCCUUAUACUUAUUACCAUCUAUUUUUCGUCUUCCGGAUCGACGCUGACACAACAAUUCAGAGCUUCAAUGAGAUGACUUUCUCUCCGCAUGCUUAUCUGGGCGUUGGUAUUCCCCUCCUCCCACUUCACGAUCUGUCAAUAGACAUCAAUGCCACGGACUUCAAUCCGAAUGACCCCUCCGCCUGGAUGUCGGCAGAGUACAACAACUCUCAGGCUUCAUCCGCGGCCACACACACUGGCUUCCCUGCGCACUCCGACAUAUCUCUGCCUGUUGUCAUGCCCCAGCCGCAGCAUGCAGCCGCCCAAUUCGAUCACUAGAAAGACAUGCCACAACAGUACAAUGUUUUUGCCAGGGGGUUGGACUGCUUGCAGGAGCCCAGUGAGCAGCAGAUCACAAAGCCAUGGCGCCUUAAGUCUCGAUAUCCUUGUACCCAUCAUUCUGAUGGUACUAGUUCAUUGUUACUAGACACAUGUUGUACUGUACGCAAUGAACCGCGCUCCCUUCCAUCGACCUAGUCCUCUCAACACUUAAACUGUGU